CCGCUCGCACGCCCCCGGCCCGGCCCUUCCUGCCGCCAUUUUGCGGAGCCGAGGAGGCCCGGAGGCGCCCGGCCCGCUCCGGCCGCGGGGAGGCGGCGGCGCAGUGUGGAAUAGCUCGUAAUUAACAUCUCAUUUGCAAAUGCGAUGGAAGAGGACAAGGCUGCAGAGGAGCAGGGCAUCCUACGGCUGAACGUGCGAGGAUGUCUGUACACCGCCAGGCGCCAGUCCCUGUGCCGCUUUAAGGACUCCAUGCUAGCUUCUAUGUUUAGUGGACGUUUUCCUCUAAAAAUGGAUGAGUCUGGAGCCUGUCUGAUUGAUCGAGAUGGAAGCUUGUUUAAAUAUCUUUUGGAUUAUCUUCAUGGAGAAGUUCGGAUUCCUGAGGAUAAACAGAUUCAAAUUGCAUUGCAGGAGGAAGCAGAUUAUUUUGGCAUCCCUUAUCCAUACAGUCUGUCUGACCAUUUGGCCAAUGAAAUGGAGACAUAUUCUUUAAGGUCAAAUGUAGAGCUUAAGAAGGCUUUGUUGGAUUUCUGUGAUUCUUAUAAUUUAAUCUGCACCAAGCCUACAGUUUGGGUCCUGCACUAUCUUGGCACUUCUGGGGCAAGCUGUGAGAGUAAAAUUAUUGGUGUGUAUGCCACAAGGGCUGAUGGGACUGAUGCAAUUAAAAAGGAGCUAGGAACAAAAAUUCACAGUAAAAGCAUCUACAAAAGAGAAGCUGGAAACAAUGUCCAAUACAUCUGGAGCUAUUACUCUGAAGCUGAACUGAAAAAGAUGAUGGAUGCUUUCGGCACCUGGGAAGGAAGAGGUGUCAGCUACUGGAGAGUGCCGCAGGAGCUCAUCGAAUGCUGGACUCUUGAAGAGCGUUCUCUGAAAGGCAGUUUGCAUCAUAUGCCUCCAGUUCAUAAAAGACGCCUAAUUGAUUUCUCUGAAGUGGAAGACUACAUACCAUGCAAAGUGGGCCCCAAGCCAAUUAGAUUCUCAGGUCCUUCAACAAGUACACAUAUCAAAGUCAAGAAUUCAGCUUCAUUAAAGGUAGCUGCUUGCAACACUUCACAUUCUGCAGUAACUCUUAAACGACCGAAUAGUGAAAGUUUGAUACUGCACAAAGCAGCUUCUGUGUCCAAAGCAUGCAAGCCAGAGCCCAGCAAUUCCCAGGUGCCCCAUGGAAAGCAGAGUGCUGAUGAUGAAGCAUCAUGUCAAAUGACUUUCAACACCUCAGCGCCUAGAAAACCCAUACGCAGCCGUGCAGUAAAGCUGAAGCGAACUCCACUGUUUCUCAUGACACCUUCUCAGUCAUCAUCUGUGUCCAGUAAAACAAGUGAACAGGACAAAGCUGCUGCUGAAAUUCCUACUACUUCAACAGUACUAAACAAGAAAGAACCAGCUGCGUUAGCAGAGAGCAACAAGCUUAAGAGUAAUAAAGUGGAUGGAUAACA